GUUCUUGCAGCCAUGGAUCUAUCCACUCCUAAAGCUCCAUAAUGGGGAAGGGACGGCCACUGAGAAUUGUCUAAACUGCGAGGCUACGAAAAUGGUUAAAAAAAUUCGGAAAAAUGUGCAGCACCUACCUUAAAUCCACCAUGAAAACUUGAUAUUUCUCAUUUGUCAUUCAAAAUUCAAUCAUUUUAUACGCCCUCCACCGUUCAAAAUUAUCGUUUUCGAGUUCGUUUUCGAUAUGGAAAAUUAAUCGAAAUAUUACAUAAAAUCAGAUUUUUAAAAAUUUACGCGAGUAUUUUUUACUAUUUAACUCAACCACCACACAAAGGCAAAAUUAAAAAUUAUUCAAAAUGUCCACGUCGUCUUGUUCAGCAGGUUCAAAAAAUGAAACAGAUUUUCAGAAGAAACUUUUGGAGCUAGCUCGUCUGACAGAGAAUCUUCUAAAUCAAAUGGAGAAUGGUGAGUUCCGGUGUAGGCGACAAUUAGAAGAGAUAGACCGAAUUAGAGGUGGAGAUUCAAGGAAGUUCCAUUCAUGGGACAGUACUUUGAAUACGAUGGAGCAUAGAAAGAAACCUGAGAAGACUACGCGUUGCUGUCUAUCCAAGCAACAAGGAUCAUCCUCAUCCCCACGGUAUGAACCCUGCCGUUCUCCCUUUCCCCAAGUAACAGCAAAGAGGAGUCAAGCGGGUGCUAACAAUGACUUUGAGAGUAGCUUAUAUUGUCCUCCAAAGUCCGGUGCUGAGGAGUCAGAAUACGUUGGAUGUUGCAGCAAAAAGAAAAAAUCAGGCCAGCUUCCAGUAGUCCCGAUGGUAAGACAUUACCCGAGCGGCUCAAGCAAUAAAGGAUCAUUAUGUUCGGAUAAGGAAUGCACUUGUAAGAAAAAUGUUCAAAGAGCGCAUGAUGAAUUGACCUUGGUCUCACUAACGCAAUCUCAGGAGAUGUCGAGAGAAUUUGUAGAAAUAUGUCCAGAUAAAAUUACAGCUGCUCAGGAGAAAGUCAUUGUCGUUCAUAGUUUUGAAGCAGCCAAUACCACCAAAGAAAGGCAUGGAGGGGCUCCACAUGCAUCCCGUUCCUGUGAAAGGGAGAGGGAGAAAUCGCGAUGCCCUCCCUACGGAGAUUGUCGGAACAGACCUCCAGGUAGUAGCGGCCAACAAAGAGAGUCUCAAGGACGAACAUCAGAAAUGCAACGGAAAAAAAAUGAAUCGAGUUCAAAAGGAAUAAAGCCUGUAGAAAGUCUAACUUCUAGUAAAAGUCGUAUCAUGCAAUUGGAACGACUGAAAAAUAAAUCCCACCAGCAUCCUACCGCAGAUGAGGUUGCGAUUUAUUGGCCACCACCUGUAAGUACAGCCGAGGGUAGAAGUGAACAGAAACGAGAAGAUAUUAAGCAUUCACACAGAGAAUACGCAGAGCGCCCUAAGGAUUGGAAGGAUACCCGGAAUUGGGAGGAACCCGUUCGACUUUCCAAACACCGAGAGAAAUAUGACUAUUAUAAAGAGAAGUUAGGACGAUCGUGUCAUUGUCCUUCACCAUCAGACUUCGACAGAUAUGCUCGACAAAUACAGCCAGCUAGUUCCCGCGAAUACGUUCCGGGGGAUGAGCAAGCUUAUCGCAAACUACCUCAGAAAAAACCAGUGAAGUCUUCUGAACGUGAUCGACCUUUAGAAGGUCGUGAAAGCCCUAUUAGCAUUUCCUGUUAUUCUGACGAAUUCGAGCCUUACCCUCGAGCGCAUCGCAAACGGUCGACUUCCAAAAAACGUCCUUACCAAGGAUCUGAGUACGAUAAAAAUUUUAGAGACUUACAAGACCGUUGUAGCCGUGAUUAUCCAAGGCCAUCCCAGAAGAAACAAAAAGGAGAGAUUCAGUCAUCACGGAACUAUCGAAAUAUUGAGUCAUCUGAAGAAUCUCAGGAUCUUCAUGAAGUUCCGGCAGUAUUGUCUAACCCAGACUCUAUAUGUACACUAUGUCAUGGGAUACGAUACCGUGAUAAUAAUCGGGUGGGACGUAAACGCCCCCAGGAAACGUGUCCCGAUGCAGAUUUCCGUACGUCAAAGGGUGUUCCAAGAAAGGUUUAUCAAGAAAGAUCGACUGAGAGAAAGAUUAAAAAAAAGUUUUCUCCACCACAGGAAAGUGAAGAGACUGAAUCAGCUGACGAUUUCCGGCAAAUUCAAGACGUUGGAACACCUCAGGAUACGGUGGAACUUUACCGAGGAGGAAAGGUGAGACCGAGGAGUGAAAAGAGAUGUUGCAAAUGUGGUGUUGCAAAACCGUUUGAAGAAUUUGAACCAGUUAAGAAACACCGCGACCAUCGUCGAGCCAAGAAGUCAGUGUCGAGGAAAGCGCCCCGAAUACCACCAAAUCAAUGUCCAUCUCAACCGCAAGCGAAGAAUAGACAAUCGUGGGGAAUAGAGUGCGGUUCCAAUUUCGAAGGUGUACCAAUUUGCUGUAAAUGCGGACUAUUGAAACCAAUCAAAGCGAGUGAACCAACUCAGAAAAUUAAACAAAUAAAACCUAAAACUUUUGAGGCAGUUGAAUUGCCUGAGGCCAUUAUAUCGGAAGAUGACAAUUAUCUGAUAAAUCAGUACGAAGCGCAAUGCAAGUGCUAUUGUGGAGAGCGGGGACAGACAUUAACAAGAAAACAUCAGGCUUCAGCCAAAUCUCCAAAGUUACAUGACCCAACCAAUACAAAGAGACCUUAUCGGGCAUCUUCUUGUCCUUCUGAUAUACCCAUUUGUUGUAAAAAUCCUGGAAAGAAAUCGAUGCCAUCAAAGCGUACAACCUCAAGGAAAUAUAGAGAAAUUGACUGUCAAUAUUUCAAACCAGAUGCUCCAGCGUCAUGUUCAGAUUCAAAGAUCGACAGAGGUAGUAAGAAGAGUAGGUCGCAGUCUGCACAUACGAGUAAAAAUCAGACAAAAUAUGCCGAAUCUUCGAGUAAGCGGCGCCCUAAGGAUAAUAAUCAUUCCGAUCGUGAAGAGUUAAUCUGUGAAUGUAAAGAUGAAAUCAUUCCUAAGGUGGUUAAACCAGAAAUUGAGAAAAAGAAACCAACAUCGGACACUGAAGUCUGCUACUGUGGUAAAAACUUUUGUAGAAUGGAGCCGGGACGGAAAUCUAGGGAUCGAAAAUCGUCGUCGCAUACUGCAGGUUCCAAACAGAUUGGAACACAACAAAUUGUCGGAAGUGUGGCAUUCUCUGAAUCAAAAACAUUUGCUGAGUCACAAACUUUUGCUAGAUCUCAAGGAGUUGCCAUUUCUCAAGCAUUUGUAGGAUCUCAAACGUUUACUGCAUCUCUACAAGUGCCUGGACGUCAUUCAGUCGCUGGCUCCCAACAGCGUCGAUCUGCUUCACUUGCUGGAACUCAGCUGGUUGAUACUAGUCUAUCAGCAAGUAAGCCCCCAGCACUACCAGCCAUUGAACCACCAAGGAUUGAUCAACACUCUGAAUUUUCACAAGCUGACGGGUCUCAACAAAUUGAUGAAAUGCUUCAGAGGUCUCAGGAGGCUACUGCUGAGCUUGAUUCAACAUAUUCGUCAUGCACCUCACAACUCUCUGGUUCAUACCAGACGACUCAAGAUCAAUCCGCAUGUUCUUCAACAAAACCUCAAGAACCAUCACUUCGUGACAGUGGAGCGUAUUCCCCUCGUUCUUCAGGGAAAAAUCAAGUUUCGCGGCUCUCAGACAAAUCCUACAAAUCGCAAUAUCUUUCUCGGCUUUCAGAAAAGUCUGAGGAUAUUUUGCAGGAUUCACCUCCGCCGGUCAUUGCACCUCCUCCAUCAAAGAACAGAGAAUCUGCGAGGAGUUCAGCUGAUCAAGCUUCUCGGGUCUGUUGUAAAUGCGGUAAAGAGACUUGUCCAAAUGCCCCAGAAAAAAUAUGCGGGAAGAACUCUCCUGACGAGACGGAGAACAGAUGUAAAUGUGAAAAGCGCAAAGCGAGGAAGUCGGCUGGUAAAUCUGAAUCAUACUCGUGUAUGUCUAGUGAUAAAAAGCCGGAACAACGACCAGAGCGUAGGAGAACUUCAACAGUAUCACAAUGGACUGAUCCUAAUCAGGUUCAGAAACUUCUCGCUCCUAUCCCUCCAAGAAGAUCAACCUCUGAAUCAGGGUCAAUAAAAUCGAUGUCCCUGACCAAGGAUCCGGACGAAUGAAAAAGGCAAAGGAAAUAAAAGAAUAAAAAGAGGCGUGAGGAGGAAAUCAUAAGAACCUCUCUGAAAAAUUGGAAGUGCCGCGACUAAAGGGCAUCGGAAGGAACCUUCCAGUAAUUUUCUUGCAAAUAAUUUCGUAUAUUGUUUCGAUUUGUCUGUGUCAGUUUUAAGGGGUUGAGUUAGCAGUAGGUAAAUGGAGAAAAAAUCUUUUUAAAGGGCCUGAAAUUGGUUCGAUUACAAUGGAGUAAAUUACAGCAAAAGAUAAAUUAUUUUCCCGCUAAAAAGUAUUCUUGAAUAGUGACUAAUUUAUAUUUAGUAAUAAUUAUAGGGAAAUAGUGUAAGUAUUGCAAAUAGAUAUGUAAUUGUUUCGAACUAUGCCCUGGAGAUG